UGGGGGUCAAUAUUACAAUCGACAAAAGCCAGCGCCGGUCCCGUAUGGAAAGAAGGCGAGGCAGGGUGAACUGUUUUCCCUCCUUCCUGGAGAGGUGCUGGAGCUGAUACUCUCGGAACUGCGCAAGCUGCAUAUGCGACCGGGGAGUCACACGUGCACGACAUGCUGGAUGCGCGACUGCUGCUCUGUCGCAGUCAGUGCUCGAAAGUUUGUCAAGUACGCACGAGAGGCCCUGUAUCGGCAUAUCUGCAUUGUGGGAGCGGAGGGCCCUCAGAUGAAGAAGCGGACGAAGUUAAGCUAUGGGUCGAGAUUGGUGCUGCUACGCCGGACACUGAGAGCAAACCCGCAGAUGGCGGCCAUUGUGCGGUCCCUCAAACCGCCCGCUUUGCCACCCGGCGUGAGCGCGGGUGAAUAUGGCGAUCUUAUAGCAUCGGUGUUAAUGGCCUGUCCGAAUCUGGAGAGGCUAGUUGGCUUCUAUCCUACCUACGACCACUCGUUCCAUCGGCUGUUCCAUGCGCUCUCGACGCGGACGCGGUUGAAAGAGAUGGACUGGGUUUUGGAGGCCUCGCCUUUCCAACGACAGCAUCGGAUGCGUCCUUCAGCCGGAUCAGGGGGCAGCGUCAGCGGCCAGCUCUGGGCUCCAGGAGACUUGCAGCCUCACCAAUCUCUGGAGUUUUUGGAAUAUCACUUGGACUGGAAGAACCUAACCACACUUGUGAUUCACUGUCUCUCCAGAGCCACGUUGACUCCGGUUACGCUGCUCGAGAAGACCCUGCGGUCUCUGCCAUCACUCGAGAAUCUCCACCUCUCCCAUCUCCCGCACACGUCCUUCAACGACGCUAGCUUGCUGGUUCUUCCACCCCUCGAGAAACUCACCUUGUCGCAUCUACCUGGCGUGACAACAGGGGGGCUCUCGUCUUUGGCGACGCGGUCAGCCAGUAGCUCCAUCAAGACGCUCACGCUGGUCCACAUGAAUGUCGAGUCGCUGCCGGCGAUAGCGCGGAUCCUUUCGAACCUGAUCUCCCUAGAAACGUUCAGCCUCGUGCAGGCGUACGCGCCAGUGAUGCCGACGGACGAGUUUAUUUGGUUGUUCCCGUAUCUGGCGUCGUCCACGGUGCGAAAGCUGCACUGGGAUAUACCCUAUCUACCGACCCGGGCCACAACAGCCGACACCAUAUUCGCGAAGAGCAUAGAUGCCGGCGGCUUCCCUGCCUUAAGGAUACUUCGUGCACCCAACGACCCCGAGGGCAUCUUCCAGGCACUGUGUAGGCCACGCGAACGAGUCGACAUUGUUACGGAUCGGUACCGCGAUGGACAGGCGCACUAUGGGGCUCACAUGCGCAACACGUCGAGUUUUUCUCAUGGCAGCGUUCCCAGCACCAGCGGCAGCCGAGCGGGUAGCCGACCAGGGAGUCGUAAAGGGUCGACGGGCGCGAUGGGCAACUCGCCGACAAGCCCGCUAUUCCCGCCCGACGCACUAAUGCUUCCACGCGACAACAGCAACCUCCACCAGGCCCGGCUUGCAGCGCAGGAGCGCCUCGAGGCUGCCCGGAGGUUCCCACGGUUCUUUAUCAACGUCUUCGACGAAUAUGGGGCGUUAGUUGACAAGUACGGCGUCGGCGGAUUCAUCGGCACGGUCGGAUCCAAGAUCAACUACGUGCUCACACCGGACGCUGGAGGCGGGACCGACGAGGGCGGCGGGCUAGUCAGCGUUGUGGACAUGCUGGGUGACAGCGGCGAGGCGCUGGUCCUCCCUCAGGCGAGAGACAAGAGGGACGGGGCAGGGUACAGUAGUAGUGGUGGCGGCGUCAAUGGCCAUGGCAGCGGCGUGCGAAGCAGCUCUGUCGGCCCCAUUAGCAAUAAGGUGAAGAAGGAGAAAAAGAAGAGCGACAAAGGCGGUUCCGAGUCGGAUGCUGGUUCGGCCGAGACGAAGACACGCGAGGGCUGCAUCGGGAGAUGGAACACGUUUAGCGGGGCCGUGGUGGACAAGAAGGACAAGGACAGGUGGUGGCACCAAGAGCGCGGGAGGUGGAAAGAGAUGAUGCUAUCUUGAGGCCGAUAAUUUGGCUUAGGAGUUGGUGUCGACUGUAAGGGUGGAUAAGUGACGAAACGAACAUAUGCACACGAGGAUCACGACCGGCGUUUUAUUGGGGGUUGGAAAUCAAUACCGACGCUUUGGGCGAGUAAUUCUGAUUGGGGCUGGAAUGAGGGAACGCAUUGUGAGCAUAGGGACACGACUUGCAUCGUGCCGUGUCGUGUGGCUUUACUGUGGAUAGUUGGCGGCAGUGUUAGUUGCAGUGUCCUGAUGGGCUGCGCUACGAUGUUAUGGGCAACGGCAUAUGUAUUAUUCUAAUGAAACAUCAUUACAAAU